AUGCCUCCCAAGCGAAUCCAAGUCCAACCGGCGCGCUCCCGCCAGCAAAAGUCCAGCGGCUAUCUCGGCUCAGCGUACGAUGCGCUGACAUCAGAAGACAACCGCAGCGUGGUCAUUAGCAUUGCCAUGUUCGGCGUGAGUCCUUCCCUCCUGCCCUUUUUUUCCCCUUUGUUUUGUGCUAUGGAAAGUCUCUCGUAA